GAUUUGCAAAAUUAAAAAAAUAAAAACAACCACUUUUUUGGUUGAUUUGUGGAUGAUUUCUCAUCAUCAAUAUUAAUAAAUCGUUAGAGCUUGUGGUAUUAUAAUUCGAUAUUACGAAGGCUUAUAGAUGAGGCAUCACCUAAGGCUAGGGUUCACAUCAAAGCUUUGGAGGGGACUGAUGUCCAUCAAGAGAAUAGAAUUAUUGAAGGAGGGAACAACUAGCAUUUGGAACCAGUGAUUCCUUGGAAAGUUUUAAGCAUGGAUAUUCCAAAAACUGAAACAGAGUCGUCAAGAUCAGCUGCUGUUAAAAAAUGGUGUCAAAGCACAGCCUGCCUCAUCUGCACAUCACAUGCGCUCAGUGCCUGGGGAGACCGCAUGUGGAGGUUUGCAGUUGGCCUGUAUCUGGUAUUCCUAGAAAAGGACUCACUCUUGCUGCCAGCUGUUUAUGGAUUCACUACCUGCGCUUGUAGAUUGAUCUUCGGUGCCUUAAUUGGGGCCUGGGUGGAUAGAACCCCCAGACUUAAAGUUGCGCAGACGUCAUUGAUCCUCCAGAAUUUGGCAGUAACUGUGUGUGCCAUUGUGUUAUACAUGACAAUAUCUUACCAAUCCACUAUAGGGCAGGGUACCCACUUGAUGGGCUUCUGUCGUGCUAUUGUGAUCAUUUUAGCAGUAGCGGCACAACUCGCCAGUCUCGCUUAUAAGAUUUCUGUGGAACAUGAUUGGAUUGUUGUCGUUGCUAAGGGUGAUAAAGAACAUUUAGCAUCUCUUAAUGCAGCUGUGCGGGCCAUAGAUCUAACAUCCAACAUCCUGGCACCUAUAGUUGCUGGACAGGUCAUGACCUUUGGCUCAAUGCUGAUUGGUGCAGUAUUUAUCGCAGUAUGGAAUAUAGUUUCUGUGUUUAUUGAGUACUACCUGUUGUGGAAAGUUUACAUCAGAGUACCUGAACUUGAACAUAAGAAGACUAAAGAUACGGAAGAUUUGGAUGAAUCUCAAUUACAAUCCGAGGCUGAGACUACACAGGUGACUCAAGUAGAAGCUGACCAAUCAGAUGUGGAAUAUCAUCCUCAUAAUCGUGACGGCCGGGCAGAGGUGGCCAUUUUGACCCGUGAUCAGCAGAGGGAAAGAGUCUAUAAAGAUACAGUUGAGAAACUACCAAAGGACAAGAGACGAAAAGGCGUUGGAAGACUGUUAUGUGACAGGUGUAUAAUUUUUGUUGGUGGGUGGCAUACAUACAUUCGCCAGAAGAUUGUAGCUGCGGGAAUUGGUCUUGCCUUCCUCUAUAUGACAGUCAUGGGCUUUGAUAGCAUCAGUAUUGGGUAUAUCUACUCACAGGGUAUCCCAGAAUAUGGGGCAGGAAUCUUCAUGGGGCUUGGUAGCCUCCUAGGAAUUCUGGGAGCAUUCAGCUUCACUCGGAUACGCAAGAAAAUAGGCCUGGAGAGAACCGGUUUAAUUUCAUUCAGUCUUGAAAUAGGUCUCCUCAUCCCAGCAUUGAUUUCAAUAUGGCUACCUGGUUCUCCGUUCGAUUUGAGUUACGAUCCUAAAACUCAUGCACCGUCGUUGAAUUGCACUUCACACCCUGGGAACGUAACAAUAUUAGAUGUUUCUACAAAUAUUACACGCUUCAAACGAAGGAUUUCAAAUAUGGAUGAUAUUUAUACAACAUUUGAAGAAUUAACACCCGGUGAAUUAAAGUGGUACUCAAACAAUGAUCCAUUAGAUAUUAAUGGUUUUUAUCAGCCUAAAAAGGAGUUUCAAAUUGAAAACUUGAGAAAAAUUGUCAAGAGACAAUUACAAAAUGAAACGGGGGCUGAAGUAGCAAAAAACGGGACCUCAAAUCCUGGGACAAACAAUACUAGCACUGAAGGUCCUGCUAGUACAGAUGAAGGACCAGUGUACAUUGGUAAUAGUUCGAAUCAGAACCCUGAAUGUCUACUAGAAACUGGAGGUGCCCCUUCCUAUAACUAUAUAUCAGUUGUAGUGUUCAUGACCAGCGUAGUAUUAUCUAGGUUUGGACUGUGGAUGGCAGAUCUAACUGUGACCCAACUCAUUCAAGAAAAUGUGCAUGAAUCGGACCGUGGGGCUGUAAAUGGUGUGCAAAACUCCCUGAAUAGCCUGUUUGAUUUAAUCAAAUUUACUCUAGUCAUAAUCCUUCCCAGUCCUCACACCUUCGGGAUCCUCAUUAUUCUCUCCGUUCUUUUUAUCUGCCUUGGUGCAGUGAGCUACGCCAUCUAUUCCAGAAAAGUUCGAGGACAUUUGUUCCAUUUUGAAAAGUGUUGUGGGAGUUCAAAGAAAAGUAUGAAGGAUAAGAAUGAGCGGAGGUUGAGGGUUGCGUCUGUCGAGAACGAGCAUGAGAAGCAAGUUCAGGACAUUGUUUAAUGAUAUUAUUUGCAGUUCAAGAAAUAUGCGAUAUGGUUCAAAGUUGUUAAGAGGAUCCACCGAAACUGAUGAAAUAUGGAGAAAAUCUUUACAAAAAUAUGUAUCUACAGGUCUCAUAAUGUUGCAUGAUAUUUGUACACUGGUGUUUUUUAUAUAUAGGCAUGCUUGGGUGUUUUCUUAUUGUUUUUUCUAUCUUAUUGGAGUGAUCUGAUUUACCAAUAUUUUUUUAACUGGUAAGAGAUUAGAUCUGAAGAUAUACAGAGUGUUCAUAAAAUGUCUUUACAAUUACAAUACAAAGUUUGUGUAAAAUUCAAAAUGACUUUAUUGACACCUUGUAUAUCAAUAUAAAUUCUACCUGUUAGCGUUUUGUGACACCUAUUUUAGUUUAGCAGAUUUUGACAUAAUACCAUACA